CUGCACAAGCGCAACCCCACGCUCGCGCUCAAACUAAGCCAAAUGGCGCUCCCCAUCGCUCCCAUCCUACACGCAGAAACACACCAGCCACCGCCCAACUUCCCCUCCACACUUCUAUCCCUGUUCCUCCUCACCGAGUCUCAACUCGACUCGCUCGCAGCAUUCUAUUCGCAAACACCCUCUCCCUCUCCCUCUUCCCCAUGCACCAUGUCCUCCCCCACACACCCCCACUCACACUCACAUUCGCAUUCGCAUCUCAAACACGCCUACCCCAACACAAUGAACUGGACGCACCCGUUCCUCGAUCCCAGCCCUUCCCUCCCUCCCGAAUGCAAACUCGAGCCGCUGGAGCGGUUAAAAGUCAAAAUGAGAAUGUUCGCGCGCUUCAUUGGCAUGAGGGGCGCCGAGACGCCGACGUGGGAGUAUGAGCGCCAAGUACAGGUUUUGAGGGCCAAGAUUAGGUGGGGGAUUGCUGUCGAGGAG